AUGGCGUCGCAGCAGGCAUCCACAUCCACCACAAAGGUGUCGUCCGAGGAUAUCAUCUCGCAAAAGACCGACCUUUGCAUCAGCAAUGCAGUAGUCAAGACCGGUAUCGGCUUCUCGGCUGGUGUCGUGCUGUCCGUUCUCCUCUUCCGACGACGAGCCUUCCCGGUAUGGCUUGGAACCGGAUUCGGUCUCGGCUCGGCAUACACCGACUGCGAACGCUCCUUCAACCCUGUAGCCGUACCAGGUGUGCGCGUAGUGCCAUCUUCGUCGAGCGCUUCGGUUUCGGCCACCAGCUCGGCACCGCAAACCACGUUCGAGAAGCUGCAACAAAAGGCGGGCGAAGCUUUCUCUGCUGCCAAGGUUCAGGCUGCCGACGGGCUCGAAAAAGCGCAGGACAAGGGUGCCAGCGUGGUCGAAAAGGCCGAACACAAGGGCCAGCAGGCUCUGGACGCGGCCAAGGCCGAGGCCAAGAAGAUCGAGGACAAGUACCGCAUCCACUCGGCCCUCGAGCCAGCGACAGGGGCCACAAAGCACCGGCUACCGGGAUCCGACUGCCUCGCAUGUCGGCUGACAGGGUUCGCUGCCAUGACGGGGUUAGGCGCCUACUCGUUCGUCGAAGCCUACCGCAUGGGCACUUUGCGACGUUCGCCAUUACCGGCGGGCGUCAAAGCAAGGCCUGUGUGGGGUGCUACUCUGGUCCUAUUCGGUCUUGGGUGUGUAGGUGCUGGUGUGAUCCGGCUUGGCAUGUAA